AUGAAAUGCAGAGAGAUGGUUCAGCAUAGCCAAUAUUGGGCAACAAGCAUUCAAAGUGGAAAAUACAGAACUGCGGACAUGUACAAGGAUAUUAGGGGAGACCGUGGUGAUGUGUGCUGGAAGAAAUUGGUUCACAACAACCAUGCUCGACCAAGAGCCUGUUUCACCCUAUGGUUGGUCAUGUUAGGAAGGCUCCCUACGAAAGAUAGGCUUGCGAAGAUUGGUAUUAUCACGGAUGGGAUUUGUGUAUUCUGCCAGGAAAAUGAAACCUUGCCUCAUCUCUUCUUUCACUGUGAGUACACUCAGCGGAUAUGGGUGCAUAUAUUGGAGUGGAAUGGAUAUUCCAGAUCAGUGCUGGACUGGGAAAGAGAAAAGUUGUGGCUCAUUGGAGAAACGAAAAAAAAGGGCUGGCGUAGAGAUAUUCUGAAGAUAUCACUCACGGAAACAAUCUAUUAUAUAUGGAUAACUCGGAAUGCUGCUAUUUUCCAAAAUCAGGUUCCUAUCAAUGUAAUCCAAAACAUUAAACAAGCGGUGGUAACUAGAUGCAGCGGUCGAAAAGCGUUGCGUACUCAUGUGAACAAAGAACUGAUGAGAAUUGGCUAA